UAAACAGAAUUCUACCUUCAUUGAGAUUGUUAGCAAGUGAUCAUCAAGGUGUGAAAUCUGAGAUUGUAUUUGAUUAACAGAUAAUAUUCAGAUAUAUUUACACCAUUUCCACCAGAGUGCUAGAGGAAACGGUAUAUCAGAUUUGAAAAAAAAAAUUACUUAAUUCCAAGCCAAGCUAACAAGUGUGGUGUGUACGUAAUUUCAUUGUUUAAUAAAAUUCGCUUAAGAAUGGGUCGGUGUUUUAAGCAUACACAAAGCAACAAUGCAAAAAAAAUCUCUUAAAGAAUUUUUCAUUCCCAACGAUGAAACGGUCUGUGUAAAUUAAAUAUCGGUCGAGCGGUUGCGGUAUAGUGUUUGGAUUUUAACGAAUUGCAAGACCCUAAUUUGCAACUCGGAAUAAUUGAGAAAAUUCAAGUGAGCCAGAUUGUCGUAGAGAAGUAAGGCUGUGAUACACAGUGAUGAACAGUUUGAAAAUCCAAUUAGAGUGUCAUGCAAAUGUGAGAUGUGAUAAGUAUACUAUGACCGAAUAUGACUGUGCGCAUCGUAAUAAUUGCAAUUAAAUUAAUGGCAAUAAGUUCGUGUAGUGCUGAUCUCAAUAUUUUAUCCAUCAUCACGAAGGCCUAUGAAUCGAACAUUAAGUCGUUGAGGAAUUUCUUCCACUUCAGUCAAGACCAUUCCAAUGCAUUUAUUUAUGAAAACGAUAUAAGUGACAAUGAGGUUGAUAGUAGUUAUUGGCAAAAUUAUGGGAGAAAGGAUAACCUAUAUAGUGGGGUCUACCAAUAUGACGAUUAUUACGCAAAUAUUAUACCGGAUUCCGAUGAAGAUGUGUUUACACCUUUGACAACAUAUGAAGACGAGCAAGAAAAACGCAGCAAUAAUCUAGGUUUUUUCAACACAAUUCUGAAGCUAUUCGGAUACCGCCCAUAUAAAUUAUCAACACAACAUACACAAAUGCAGAUGUCGAACAGAACUAAAGGCCUCGACGUUCGCUUGAAGUCGAGCUACUUUACCCAGAGGCUCCUAAAGACGAUGAAGAGCCAAUUUAAAUUAAUUUAUCCAGGAACGUUGUGGUGUGGAGGUGGAACACGGGCAAGAGAUAGUAAUGACUACGGAUUUUUUAGAAGAACCGACAAAUGCUGCUGGAAACAUGAUUCGUGUCCGAAAUAUAUUGCAGGUGGGGAGAAGUGGAAAAAUUUAGAAAAUGUUGGCAUCUUUACGAGGUCUCAUUGCGAAUGCGAUCGGGAUUUUUAUACGUGCCUAAAAGGGAUCAAUUCAUUCAUUUCAAACAAGAUUGGAGUAACUUACUUCAAUUUAUUGCGCCCGCAAUGCUUUCGAAAGGAAUAUCCAAUUGUUAGCUGCUUAGAACGAAGGAGCGACAGUCGAUGUUUCAAUUAUGUCAUCGACAAUAAUAAGCCAAAGCAGUGGCAGUGGUUCGACAAUAAAAUUUAUUGAUUUACACCCCUUGGCUUGUAAAUUGAUUUUAUAGAAAUAGAAAUACAAAAAGUGUAAAAAAAA